AUGGUGCGUGUAUCUGGGACUUCAAACUGGUGGUUCAACGUCAGCGGCGUACAGAUUGAGCCUGUCAAAGCUUGGACGCCAAAUUUCGCUGAGUUCGGAACAGGAGUGCAAUUUCCAUGGGAGACCCGUCCUUGGAACAACCACUCGACGCGAUUGCUCAUCCAGGACUUUAUGAUCGACAGACAUCCCGUGACCAACGCGCAAUACGGAGUUUUCCUUAAGUCAAGUGGUUACAUUCCCAAGUCAUUGGACCGCUUCUUGUUGCAUUGGAACAAUCGUUCAGGUUCUCCAGCAUCAUGGAGCAUUCCUGUUGGUUUGGAGCAAAGUCCCAUUGUAAAUGUUGCCCGCGAGGAUGCAGAGGCUUACGCUGCUUUCUAUGGCAAGCGCCUUCCGCAUGAUUGGGAAUGGCAGUAUGUCGCUUCGAACGGAGACAAUUACGACAUUUAUCCGUGGGGAUCGGACUUAGACAGAACUAAACUACCGAAAACCUCUCAUGGUAAGGAAUUGCCUCCGCUGAGUCCUGUGGGCUCGUACAAGACCUCUCGCUCAUCCAAAUUUCUCGUGGAAGACCUUGUCGGGUACGUGUGGCAAAUGACGGACCAAUUUUGUGAUGCUCAUACGUGUGGGCUUCUUCUUCGAGGAGGAAGCAGGUACUACCCGAUUGCAGCGACACAUAGUGAUCCGAAUUGGUACUUCCCACAAGCUUUGAGUGCUCAGUACCAUAACCGUUUUCUUAUGAUCAGUGAAGGGUACGAUCGGUCGCCAAUGGUGGGCUUUCGUUGUGUAAAGGACAUUCCUUCAUCUCGCAAGGUGGGGGUGAUGGAGUAA